AUGGGCCAACCGAAAGUCCCCCCUCUCCCAUCCAACCUCGACUUAGCUGGGAAAACAGCCGUCGUAACCGGGGCCAGUGCAGGGAUGGGUCUUGAAACAGCUCGCCAGCUCUUAGCCCGAAACUGCGACACUCUGAUUCUCGCGGUACGAAACACGACCAAAGGCGAAGCCUGCGCACAAGAACUCCUCAACAACCCCACCAUCAAGGCGAAAGCAAAAUGUCCAGUCGUAAAGGCCCUACCCCUGGAUGUGGACCGCUAUGACAGCGUGAAAUCCUUCGCAAAAUGCCUUCAAAAAGAGGUCCCCGUCGUGAACAUCCUCAUUUUGAACGCAGGCAUUGCACGAUUGAACAUGGACCGAGUGCCGACAGAGAACUACCUCUCUAACGCUCUUCUUCUUUUCGAAUUACUUCCCUACUUAUACUCCUCGGCCGAGAAAUCUGGUUUCGCUACCCGAGUCACCUGGGUUGGAAGUCGGAAGCAUGACGGUGGAGGAACGUUCGAGUCGACACCCCCAGCCCCCGGAUCCUUAAUACUGAACCGGCUUGAUUCUGAUGAGAGGAGUUCUGUCACUACCCGGUAUGCGGAUAGUAAACUUCUCUGCGCGAUGUUCAUGUACGCCCUGGCACCGCGUUUGGAUUCUACCAAGAUUGUGUUGAAUAUGAUUUGUCCCGGUAUGGUUAGUACUGGAAUGAGUGAUUUCCUGCCAUGGUAUGGACGGGUCUUGGCUGGUGCUUUAAAGAUAGUAAAAGGGGCAAGGCCGGUUGAGGUUGGCGGUCUUUUGAUUGUUAAUGCGGCUGUCGUUGCUGGGGUGGAGAGCCAUGGGAGACAUCUUAGUGAUAAGAAGAUCUUGGAGUAG